GUGGUCGUUUCGAGGCAGACUUGAUAAUUUUGCAUACCAAGACGCACUGGUGUCAAAUGCACGAUUAAAGUUUGAGACAGUUACAGUGGUGAUUGGACAAGUAUGAGUCAUUUAACACCGAGUGAGCGAGAGAGUUAUACAAAGUUCUUUCUUGGUGUCGAUGCUAAUGGGGACGGCUACCUCAACAAAAUAGAAUUCAAAUGUCUCUGUGAAAAGCUUGGAUUUCGACUUAAACCCUCAAAGCUAAUAGAGAUGUUUCACGGUGUGGAUACAGACAAUAACGAUAAAAUAACGCUGGAUGAAUUUCUCGCAACCAUGCCUGGGAUAUCACCGGUCGAUAGAGAGUGUGCCAACAUACGACAGAUGUUCGUGGCAGCGGACAUCAACCAAGAUGGCGUUUUGAGCAGCCAGGAGCUACGCGGAGCUCUGUGCUCAGUAGGUUCGGCACUACAGCAAAGUGACAUAGAUGCCUUGCUAGCUCGUCUGGACAAGGACAGAGACGGGAAACUCAACUACGAACAGUUUCUUGAACAUUUGGCAAACAGAGGAAAUGAUGCGUGUUAA